GUUUUCACACCAGCCUAUCCAGCAUAACACUGUUCACAUGGGUGCUUUCCAAGCUCAGGAGAAAGAACUGGUGUUUGAUAUAGACCUGACAGAUUACGAUGAUGUUAGGCAAUGCUGCAGCUCUGCAGACAUCUGCUCCAAGUGCUGGACUCUCAUGACAAUUGCCAUCCACAUCAUAGACCGAGCCCUCGUGGAGGACUUUGGUGUUCAGCAUAGGCUGUGGGUGUAUUCAGGACGCAGAGGAGUCCAUUGCUGGGUGUGUGACGAUUCUGUCCGGAAGUGGUCUUCGACUCUCCGCUCUGCCGCAGUGGAAUAUCUCUCCCUAGUCAAGGGUGGUGAAGGAACCAUCAAGAAAGUGACCCUCUCAGAUAACUAUAUUCAUCCUUUCAUCAGAGCAUCAUUGGAUGUGGUGACACGUUACUUCGAAGAAUAUGCUCUUGUUGGUCAGGACAUUCUUGGAAAUAAAGAGAAAUGUGAAAAAGUGCUAGCUUUGGUUCCAGAGACAGACCGAGAUGAACUUCGGAAGGAAUUCCAUAAAAAGCACAAUUCAGUGCAGCGCUGGGAAGUUCUGGAAAAAAAGAAAAUGCUACACACUGAAAGGGAGAUUAUGUUGCAAUACUGCUUUCCCCGCCUGGAUAUGAACGUUAGCAAAGGCAUCAAUCACUUGCUGAAGAGCCCUUUCAGCGUUCACCCAAAGACAGGGCGCAUUUCAGUUCCGAUUGACCUGAAGAAAUUGGAUGACUUUGAUCCAUUUGCUGUUCCCACUAUAAGCCACCUCUGUCACGAGCUGGACAUGAUUGGGAAAGAUGAAGGGAAUGGAAAGGAAGCUGAAGGUCUGCCAGAAAGCUCUCGUAAAAGCAGAGAUUAUAAGAAAACCAGUCUAGCUCCAUAUGUGAAAGUCUUUGAACAGUUCGUGGAAGAAAUGGAGAAAUCUUACAAAGGACGUCUGAAAGAUAGUGACAUGCAGAUGGAUUUUUGAAGUUUUGAAGGCAUGAUGCAUUGUCACGGUGCAAUUUAAUGUGGCCAAAUAAUUGUGUUCAACUGCAGCAGAACUCUUUUGACUUCUUUUGCUAGAUUUGUUCACAAACCAGCCAUUUACAGACACAGUCAAAACAGGCCUUUCUUGCUGAAGAAGAGGUGAUAAAAGUGGUAAUAGGCAUUCAGGUACCAACAACUGAGCACAACAUACAAUAAAUAUUUGGUUUUGCAUAAUGUGGGAGUAUAAUCAAUGGGAUACGCAUUUGCCAAACAGGAGACAAUAAGGGUUUAUAUUGCAUAAUAUGUUAACAUACAUGUGUAUGUUUUAUUUGACAUAAAGUUGCAAAGAAAUAACAGGUA